AUGGCUCCCCCCGCCUCGACUAUGGAACCCACGCCGCCACUAACUCCGCAUACUCCGCAGCCACUAGCGUCGCCCACCGAGGAGUGCUCCAUCCUCCCCAGUUACCACAUGUACACCCAUAUCGUCACUGGCGAGCCCUGCCGGCACCGCUCGCAUCGGCUACCGCCGGAUUAUAACCUGGAGGACGAGUCCGACGAUCUGCCUGCGAUGAGCCGGGCGCUGUCGCCGGCGGUGGUGCCGGCUCGGGCUCCCAUGGCGGCGUUACACCCGCGGCAAGACGUGGUGGCUGAGGCCACAGCGUUGGGCGAUUCCAAGCUUUUGGACCGGUUACUCAAGCUAGAGGACAGAAACGUCGACGGCUUGGACAUCGCCGUUCACUUUACUAGGGAGCUGUGCAAGUUAGGAGUGCCCCUGACGGAAAUCGCACAACGGGAUAAGUACACUGAAGGCGAUACCUUACAGGGGUACAUUACUAUUGACAAUAACACUGAUACCACGAUUAUGUUUGACUCGUUUUUGAUUUUGUUGGAAGGGGUGUAUACUCUGCACUCAACCGGGUUCAAAAGGCAAUUUCUCCAGAUGUUGGAUUUCGGCGCUCUGUAUAAUCCGGCAAGAAUAAACCGGUUAGUGGGAGACAACGACUACCCCUACCGUCUUCUAGAUACCUACAUCGACCCGGUGGACGGUCGUCAAGCUGGGUUCAGUUUUGGCGGUCAGGUGGAGAGAAGAGUGAAUGCUCGCGGUCGCUACAAGCGGUUCUUUGCCUUUACUCUUCCGCCAGGUAUUUUGGACUGUGAGUGUGAAGAGAAUAUCCCUGAACAUCUCCAAUUACCGCCUACUAUGUCCAACGAGCUCGCGCUGAUCUCAUACGCUAUCACCACCCGAAUAAUUGGCUGGAACCACAACGCCACCUCAGAUGACAACCAGUGGUACAUCUUCAAACAACAUGCUCAUCCCAUCACGGUGGAGCCGCAACGUAACCUGUACCACAACGCGUUGGAGCGGCUCGACUUGCUGGAACGCAUGUACUACAAUUUCAUCCAUCGCAUUGAGGAGGAACUCCAACAACGUACCCUCCACGAAAAGGGGGAGAGACACGGGCUUCCAACUACCAUCAAGUCGACCGCGUUGGUAGAGGAAACCCACACGUUUGGCCCUACAUCCAGAGGAGCGUUGGUGGUACUGCUAAAACGAAGUGUACCUACCAUCUGGCUCAGUGCUAAGAAAAUCGGGUUGAGCCUUUCGUUAUCGCUAGAAUACACUCUGGACGAUAUUCUGAAAGCACCAAAGAUAAAACAGCUGUUGGUGACGAUUCAGGAGAUCGACUACGCCACCGACCAGUCGCUCCCGUUCUCGUUAGGGGUGUUUUUAUUCAAUAACCCCGUUACCGCUACCUCACACGACGCUGACACCUUGGACUAUGCUAUCGAAAGUACCCGUAAGUUGGCGGGAUUACUCCGGAACGUCGCCAUUGACGAGCAAGUGCGGUUGAAUGCUGAUGUUGUCAACCAUGUGAAGGCGAUGUGUAAGCUCCGGUGGAAGAGCACCACUCAUGUGAUGAAAACAUUUAACAAAGGACUGACCAUCUCUAAGCGAGCCAACAAAGUGCCGUGGCAGAAAAUCGGCCCCAACACUGUGGGCAAACAAGUCACGAUCGACAUUGACCACCGCCACUUUACUCUGGAAAACCUUACCCCGUGCUGGAACUUGUGUAUGACCGGCAAGUUCCAUAUUCUUAAGAUCACCUUUGUGCUUGGGCUGGGCCAGAAAGUUAACCUUAAGUUACCCCUUCAUCUUAAGGCUUAA